AUGGCGCAGAUGCGAGUACAGGGCAGUUACGGCAUCGGACAGCCGAACCCCUUUGGCGGGCCGAGCGAGGACAAGACAGAACAGAGUCCUCUCGACGCAAUCCGGCAGCAGACGAGCAAGAUUGAGGAUCUUCUUGACACGAUCAGCGAGCCCAUCAAGCCCUAUCUCCCCGCCAUCGGCCGCGGCCUCAUCGUCGUAACCUUUAUCGAGGACGCUCUCCGAAUAAUAACACAAUGGAGCGACCAGCUGCUCUACCUGCAUGAGUACCGCCACAUCCCUUCCGGCUUGACGCAUCUCUUCCUCCUCGUCAAUGUGAUUGCCAUGGCGACCUGCUCGACCCUCGUCAUCAUCCGGAAACAUUCCGAGUACGCCGUGUGCGGCCUGAUGGGCGUUGUCGUGACGCAGGCCCUCGGCUACGGCCUCAUCUUUGACCUUAACUUCUUUUUGCGGAACCUCUCGGUUCUGGGCGGCCUCAUGAUGGUGCUUUCGGACAGCUGGGUGCGCAAGUCCAAGGCGUUUGCGGGCCUGCCCCAGAUCGAGGAGAAGGACCGCAAGAUGUACUUCCAGCUGGCCGGCCGCGUACUGCUCAUCUUCUUGUUCAUCGGCUUCGUCUUUAGCGGCCAGUGGUCCGUCUGGCGCGUCAUCGUCUCAAUGGUCGGCUUGGUGGCCUGCAUCAUGGUUGUGGUUGGCUUUAAGGCCAAGUUCAGCGCCACGUUGCUGGUGGUCAUUCUGAGCAUUUUCAACGUGCUGGUGAACAACUUUUGGACGCUCCAUGAGCACCACCCCCACAAGGACUUUGCCAAGUACGAUUUCUUCCAGAUUCUGUCGAUUGUUGGCGGCCUUCUGCUGCUCGUUAACAGCGGUCCGGGCCAGUUCAGCAUCGACGAGAAGAAGAAGGUCUACUAAGCCAUGCCAUCAUUAUGUCGCAUCAGUUUUGGUGUUCUAAAACCUUUGGAAAACACGAAAAAAACAUGCGGUCUUGGGCGAGCAUGCCGGCUUCAGCCGUCAGGGGGCGUCGUUCGUCAUGGGACUCUCGCGGAGACCGUGAACGGGGGUAUUUCACGAAGGAGCUUGCCAUUCCGGACUGUAAGCCCAGUACCAUCGUCGUCUUUGCUAUCAAAUGCAUUGUCGUUUGACACUGCGUUGCCAUCCUUGAGAACCAGUCAUGGACGACAUUCUGGGAAGCAAAUGGGAUGUCCAACCUGCUUCUAAAAGCGAGAAGAAAAUUCGACAAGGUCAAUGAGUAAGAAGUUUGAGGUUCAAAGACUUCUGUGCAGUUCUGUGCUUUUUCACCGUGUUUGCUAUUUAUACAUUGUAGGCUUCUAUCUGCUGCAUCAUACAUAUGAGACCUAGACAAAAGGGUCCUCACCUC